CCUUCCCUCUCAGCUGAUCCGAGGAGAGGGUUAAGUCUGGCAGGCUGCUGGUUGUGUUCUUCCCAUGUGUGCCUUUCCUUCACUGCCACAAGGACAGCAGUCAGUGCACCAGUAUUGUGUUGAGUGGACAUGCCAUCACAAGCCAUCAAGCCUACCUCCCUUGGGAUGACAGGAAUCAGGAAUAAUGAUACCUGGACAGAUGGCCUUCCUAUCUGCAAGCUUUCAGGCGUGGGGAUGUCAGCCAAUCAGAUGUACCGAGAGGAUGGAACACCUUGCUCUGAACACGAGUAUGAAGACCGCAGCAUCCAUUUCUGCCUUGACCAACAGAAUAGCACUUACCUCUAUGGAGUGUUUGAUGGACAUGAUGGAGCGAGGGCUGCUUACUUUGCUUCGCAGAGGAUGCCAGCAGAAUUAAGUUUUGAACAGUUAACAGGGAAGACAAGUGAGGAAGAAGUGAAGGAAGUAUUCCGAGAAGCUUUCCUAGCAGUGGAAAAUGCCUUUCUGGAAUCAGUUGAUCCCAAAAUAGCUGAGCGUACUCAGCUCCUUGACAAGAUUCCAGAUGGAAUGUCCCAGUUUGAGGUGGCCCAAAAAUUUCCAGAAACUGUCAGCAGACUGCAGGUCCUUGACCAAGAAAUACGUGGAGGCACAACAGCUGUGGUGGCCUUGAUGCAUGGCGGUGUUCUCUAUGUGGGCAAUUUGGGAGAUUCGCGUGCACUGCUUUGCAAAAAAGACAGAUCGGGUGUACUGAAGGUCAGACAACUCACAGCAGAUCACACCACUAGCAGCCAUGAUGAAAUUCAGCGCCUUGCUGCUCUAAAUUUGCCAGCAUCCAAAAUAAAGGGAGCAAAGUUUGGUAACCAUGAACUGACUCGUUGUAUUGGCAACUACUUUGUGAAGGGUGGCUACAAGGAGUUCGACAUCCUAAGCUUGGCCACUUCAGAACCAGUCAUCGCUGAGCCUCACAUCACAUGCUUGCCCAUUGAUGAGUCUUGUAGUUUCCUACUACUGAUGAGUGACGGGCUUUACAAGUCGUAUCAAGAUUCUACAGGAUCGGAGCAGGUUAAUAAGGAAAUUGCCCAGAUGGUGGUGGAGCAAUUUGUGGAGCAGCCUACCCUGACCAGUGUGGCUCAGACUGUGGUGGACAAAGUGGUACGACUCCACCAUGACAACUACCUCACCAAGCGAAGCAAUGUCACCUUCAGGGAUGACAUCAGCCUUAUUAUUCGCAACUUUAACUUCCAGCUGCGUGGCGCCCUGACCCCCGGCGCCACCUCGCCUCGACCCCCACCCAGACCUCUGCCACGUCCACAACCACAACCAAAGGAGUACUUGUCUUCCUCCUCCAGCAGUGAGGACAUGACCCUCCGCGAGGACUGUGAUGUCUUGUCUGGCCUGCCAGAUGCUCGACUUCUGCCUGGAGGACGGGGCCAUCGCCUUGACUGCCUAGAUGGGGUUAUCAACUCUGGGGACCUACACACCACUGACACCAAUACCACUUCCACUGAAUCCUCUUAUCUUCAGAACCCCAGUCUUACACAGUUUUCCCUAGAUGAAGAUGGCAGGAUCCUCCCCUACGUUAAUUUUGAUCUCUACUAUCAGGCAGUAGAUGAUGCCAGAGAGGCUGGUCUCAUCACAGACUCUCAGAUUCACAUGUACAAAUGAUGCCACUCAACCUCUCUUCAUCCCCACACUCACAUACUUGCCUACUGGAAAGAGUCUCAAAUUUCUAGUCACUAUUGUUAUGUGUUUUCCAAUUCUCUGCUUUGAGAAACAAGAAUUGAGCUGUUCAAUGAAGAGUAAAAUUAGAAGGUAUGAUGUGUGAUGUGAAAAAUAGGAUAGACGACCAAAAUGUAGCAUGUGAUGCAUCAAGAAUUUAUAUAUUUUGUUCGCUGGAAAUUGAACUGAGCAAGACGUCUUAUUUUAUGGGUUUUGUGAGGUGAGUGCUGACUGGCUGUUACCAAAUAUUAACUCUCCUAAUAUUCUUUGUUUUAUUAUUUUUUUACUUUGAUUUUGCAAUAAGAGUUUUGUACAACUCUUCAUAAAUGGCUAGCAGAAAUAUCCAGACAGACAGGCAGUGUGUUUGGGAUUCAACUCUAAACUGACAAUGAAUGAAUGCUCCAUGUGAGUAGGUUCCUAGCCCGGCAUCACCUGGGCAUAGUACAACACAGUAUAGCAGAGAUAACCAGCCAGCUUUCAUUUGUGGAAAAGACAACCAAGUCACCACUAAACUUCAACAUUAAGACUCUUUUUACUUCACUUCCUUCCUUCUUUCCUUCAACACUACAUGAAUUUUGACAUCUAUAACCUACUAAAUGUAAAAUAUAUUCAAGUACGUACAAAGAUUUUGUUCCAUGCAGAAAUGAUGAAAUUUUGUGUUGUACAUACUUAGGCAGCUCAUUCACAGCUUGUAUUAUGUGAGUGAGCAAACUGCAGAUUACUUUGUCUCUUCAGCCGUUCAAGACAUCUCAUUGUGUAAAUAUAAUCAUCUUUCAUUACCUAGGGUUGGGUCACUACUAUAUUAUGAAAGAAAGCAUCCCCCAUAAGUCUUUGGCAACAGAACAUGUGCACAUUCUCAUAUUCAUAAAUAUUGUAUGAUACUUAUAUUCUGGAGCAACAAAGUAUUUUCUUAUAUGUAUUAAAGAGUUCCCAAUAGUAA